CUUGACACCGCCUCGGAGGUUAUUUUAAUAUCGAAAAAAUAAUUUUAUUACUAAUAUUUGCGUAAUAGUGAUAUAAACGCAUGUGUUUCAAAUACAAAGUGAGAAAUUAUUGAAUUUUACUCCGUAAUAUAAUGUAUAAGUUUCGGUAUUGAACCGGCUUCAAGAGAUAUCUUGGCAAUAUUUGACUUAUCACAACCAUUAUAAUCACCAUGUGGACGGUAUGUGUGCCCGGCUGGAGCGCGAUGAUGGUGGCGGGCACCCUGCUGCUAUAUGGAACAUUGGACGUAGCAUAUUUUGCAAGAAUGAUGUAUACCGUCGCGAAAGCGAGGUAUUUUAGAAAGAAAAUCUGCAUUAUGGAUACCACGGAGGUGCAAUCUUGGUGUCUCCUCACCGAUAUCGAUACAUUACUGUACCACAUGAACAAUGCGCGCUACCUUCGCGAGCUGGACUUCGCUCGUGCUGAUUUUUACGAGAGAAGUGGCCUUUAUGCUAAUAUAAAGGCAGCUGGAGGUUCAGUUCUCCAAGCAGCAACCACCAUCCGAUACAGACGAUAUCUGAAACCUUUCACCAAGUUUACAAUAACAUCUAAGGCUAUUUUUUGGGAUGAAAAGACGUUUUUCAUGGAGCACGAGUUCAUUGGACCAGGGGGUUUUGUUCAUGCUGUAGCGUUGUGCCGUCAGCGGAUAAUAGAUACAUCAGUUGCCGCAAUUGCCGAGCUACUGCUUCAGUUACAUUGUUCCGGAAGCUGCAAAUCACCACCUGAGAAGAUGCCUUCUGAGUUGGAGCUUUGGGUACAAAGCAAUGAAGUAAGCUCAGCCAAGUUGCGGCCUACUGCGUCCGCACUCCCAUCACUCGAACCGCAUCCCCUCAGCUGCGGAGAGAUCAUCCCCAAGGCAGCUGAGUGAAAUCAGCUUAGCCCGGACGUGAACUUACGGUCUCGUAAGCAAAUUUAAGAGAUUACCAAGUUUUCGUUCGGGUUCGUUUUGGCAAUUAAAAAAUUACAGGUGUCAACGUCAAAAUGACAGAUGACAGCGAGUUUAUUCUUUUUAAAUAGUAUAUUUGGGUUAACGUAUUCAUCAAAUAUUUUAUUUUUAAUCAGAAUUAUGAGGCGUCGUUUGUCUAAUAUAUAAAUUUACUUUAAUUUUGACAUUGUAAGUAUGUAAAUAUGAAAGUGUAAUAGGUAAAAAAUCAUUGUAUAGUUUUAAUUUUAAAAAGAUACUAUAUCGUAUUAUGAAUAUAGCUAUUUUAAUAUUUUACCCAUUCAAUAUUU